AUGUCAAUGGAAGUCGAGGAAUCGGAUAAUACACACACAGUUUACGGGCAAUGGGCGCCCGAGGAAGAUGCCGCCUUAUUGAAAGCUGUUCAAGAAAUCGGGUUAAAAAAUUGGAAGAAAGUCGAGCUGUUUGUACCAAAGCGAAAUCGAAAGCAGUGCCGAGAACGGUAUUUCAACUCACUGAUGUUUAAGAGUCAGAAAAGACCGUGGCUUUCUUACGAAGACACUAUAAUCAUUCAAACACACAACGAAGUCGGAAAUAAAUGGACCUUCAUUAGCAAGAAGCUUGUUGGAAGAAGUGCAAAUGAUGUGAAAAAUAGAUACUUCGGAAGUCUUAAAAAGAAUUUAUCAAAAGGCUCUUAUAAGGAAAAUAGCACUUCCGACAACGAAAAACAGAGUUCUUUUACUGUGUUUCGACCCGUUGACAGUUCACUCUAUACUGUAUUGUAA